AUGCCUCUUCUCAAGAGAGCCACCCAACAAAAAGACGCCGAUGUUAGGAUUAUCAACAUCAGUUCUACGGCUCAGACAGCGUUUCUGCCGCGUGACUUUGACUUCCAGUUCGACAAACCUAGUGGUCUUACCAAUUCAGUCCUGCACUAUCCAUUGCAGUGGCGCCUAGGAGCCAAGUACGCAUUCAGCUGGGACAUGAUCCGCUUCUCAGUUUCCAAAGCUGCCCUUGUGCUAUUCGCGUCGGAAUUGCAGCGCCGAUUGGACGUGCAAGGGAUUUCCAUCCUCACACUAUCGGUACAUCUAGGCUCGGUGUACACCGAAGGCCUCGCUGCAGUUAACAACCUCUUUAUCAGCACAGUGGCUCGGCUUUUCUUCGCCUCAGCGGAACAGGGUGCCGUGUCGCCUCUUUUUGCAGCCACUGCAAAGCAGGUCCGGCAGUCGCCUAAAACAUACGAGGCCAAGUUUCUACUGCCUGUCGGAAAGAUCGCGAGCCCUCAUCCAUUUGCCGAGGACGAGAGGCAGAUCAAGGGCUUGUGGGUCAACACGACUACUGAGCUCAACAAGGCCCUUGAUGCCCUGGGUCUUCCAGCUCUGGGCCCAUGGUGA